AUGCAGCUGCAGAAAAGGACUGCAUUAGACCUGUGUAGAGUCCUCUUUUCUCCACGGGUUCUCUCUCUGAGGGAGAACUCUACCUCCCUGCGUCUGUUGCAUCCUGGUGAGGCUGCGGUCCGCUGAGUCUCAGCACUGUGUGUGUGCAGGGUGCUCUGACCCCCUCCCUCCCUGACUGUGAGGAGAGGAGCAGGGCUCUGACACGGCCUGUCCCUUUGGCUCACUCUGAACGUUUGACACGCGGAGCGAGGACGUCCGGGUGACCUACUUUCCCCUGGCUGCCCUUCUGCUGAGCCGCAGCUCCCCGCUCCUCCGCGGAGGGGGUCGGGAGGGUGGUGGUGGUGAGUGAUGUGUUAAGGCGGCACAGGGCAGGGACGGCGCUGUCCUGGUGUGUUAGAUCACCAUGUUAGGAGACGCUGUGGUGUGUGUGGGAGGCGACAGUGGGAGACGCACACACUGGAUGGGCAUGAGCUGCACUGUGGGGGUUGCAGGUACAUGCUGGGCAGCACUUGGGAUGGACCCCUGCUGAGCUCUCUGCUCCAUCUGACUCACUUUGCAAUACUGCUUAAACUCCGUGACCCCUUCUACUUACUGUACUUCUGACCACACUGUGGGUACUGAUCUGGAAGCUCCAUCCUCAUUGUGUGCCAGUACGACUCUCUACAUACUGGAGAUGCUAGGGCUAAUUGUAGUAUAGCUUUUCCAAAACGGACACAUUAUGGCUAACUGGCUAGGUGGGGGGAUUCUCACCAGCGCGUUGUCAUCUUAUUCAUGGUUUCUCCUCUGCCUCCCUGCAAGGAUGCCAUGAUCUCUCAAAUGGAGCUGAAGUGGCUGUCAUGACGUUUCUCUGAGACACUGCAGUCGUAAUGUGUUAAACGCUUCUAUUCACUCCAUUUCACCCUUUCUCCCACGAUUGACCCUCAGCCUGUUAGUUUCACACCAGUGAUUUUUAAGCUUAGAGAAGGGAGCGUGUUUGACAGAAUACAGCAUGUCGCAGGAGCACAGAGCCUGUCAAAGAGAAGAGUUCAUUAAAAAUUAAACCUCUUAAUGCAGUGGCAGUACUCUAGGCUGGGUCGAGCUGGAUGACUGUAUCAAUGAUUUAAACCUGCAAGAAGGCCCUAAAUGGAGACUGAGCAACAUCUCGCCCUGUGUGAGGCUGAGCGCUACUUGCCCCGCUUUCCUCAUGGCAUCAAGUGCAUGACAUAACUCCCACUCCUCGUCGGCGGAGUCUGUGGAAGGUGGAGGGUUUUACUUAGGUCUUAAGUGCUUACGCUUGUAAGACAUUGUAAGGUCUGCAUUACACGCUGUCUCCUAUUUCUCCCUCUUCCUCCCUUCUUGUCUUCCUAGGGGCCUAAAUGGCCUUCUUUAUGUUUUCCAAACUGAUGGCAUGCAUCACACCCUUUUUGUUCCUGCACCUGAAUGUAGGCUAUGAAUAUUUUGUAUAGCCUACUGUAUGUCUAUAUAGAUGUCAGACAUGCAGCUGAGUGUCCCCACUUGAAUUGUGGUCAUGUCACCUAAUGCAGUGGUUCCCAAACUGUGGGGGAUGCUCCCCAAUGCUGGAAGGGGGGCCUGAGUGAAAACGUUUGGGGAACCCCUGCCCUAAUGCAGGAGGUAGUGUAGGCUAAGACUGAUGGAUAGAUACCGUCCUGCUGAUUUAGUGCGGUCUGUGAGAACACAUCUCUCCAUCCAACCACGGAGACUGACUGACACACUCCAACCCCAGUCCAACACUAGGCUGGAAGAGAUAGCACUGAUGCUAUCAGACAGUGCCACAGAUUUUGGGGUUUGAUUAGCCUAGAUUAGAGUGUCUUAUGUAAUUGUUUUUUUUGUGUAAUAUAUUUUAGGUUUCUAUAAUGAACACUGAUCUGCUCUGCUGUAACAGUCCUAACACUUUUUGUUGUAAGUUUGGUGUAUUGGAUUUUUCCAUUUCAGGGGAUUUUACCAGUGGAGAUUGACAUUAUCCUCUCUUCCUGAGGUAUACUUUCUCUAUACUGAUGUUACAAUCAGCGCCAUCUUAUGCUGUACACCUCGCAUCCGCCCAACAAACGUCCAACUCGUCUGAGGAUCUCAAAGCUUUUUAGUGCAGCCAUCUGUCAGUACUAAAAUGGAGUGGAGAUGUGUGCGUUCGGCGAGUCCGCUAAGCCCAUGGCUGGCCCAGCUCCAGCUGAUUCCAGGAGGCUGGCUGGCUGUACCCUGACGGUGUUAUUAAACCAGGAGCACCACUGCACUGUACAGCCUACAUUAUGGCUGGCCCAGCUCCAGCUGAUUCCAGGAGGCUGGCUGGCUGUACCCUGACGGUGUUAUUAAACCAGGAGCACCACUGCACUGUACAGCCUACAUUAUGGCUGCUUCGAGCCCCCGAUCAGGCAGAUAAAUCAACCUCCUCCCUCUGUCGGUGAGGAAUAGCGAACACCAUAAUGAGUUAACUUUCAGAAUGAUCGACAUCAUUUAUUUCCUUCCCCCCAAGGAGCCUUGUGUAGCAUUAAUUAAUAUCAAGCAACAUCCCAGCGAGGGAUUCAUUUGGUAUGCGUGUCUCUUAAUUCAAGCUGAGCUUUGAUUGUUGGCGCCCAUGUCAUUUGAGAAGUAGAAGAAGCCAGGCUGCUGUUACCAUGGUAUGGUUAGGCCCUAUGUCUUCCUGGUAGCUUUGGCCAGGUCCGGUCACUAUCAGUGUGUAGACUGACAUCUAGUCACAGAUAUAGCAGAUUAUUUCCUUGGUGUCAUUAAAACAAGUUGAGCUUGACAGCAGGAAAUGGGACUUGACACAAAGGAUGACAGUGUACCAUGCUGCCAAGCUUCUCCUUUGUCUUUCUCACAAUGGCACAGCCUCUGUGGCUAUGAUAUGCUCUCUGCUCAAAGACACAAGACCUCUUCCUUUAAUGGGAUUUUUAAUCGCUAAGCUCUAACCCCGAUUUUUCUCUUUCUCUCUCUUCCCACAGAACUCAAUACGGCACAAUCUGUCAUUGAACAAGUGUUUUCUCAAAGUGCCUCGCUCCAAAGAUGACCCAGGAAAGGUAAGAAGGCAAUUGUUUAUUCAAACCAAAGAUACAGAGAUGACAGUAAAUGUAGUGGAAAUAAGUGGCUGGUGUCCACAGGUGGACAUGCUAGUCUAGGCUCACUCUUGCAAGAAGUUCUCAAUAUGAUCUAAUGCUAUCUGCACUAGAAACAUGUUCACUUUGAACGCCUGCCAGUGCUCUGACAGUCUGGAAAUGCAUGGCAUGCUCAUAAUCUAUUAUGAACGUUCCACCCCCACAAAAUUGCAUGGCAAAUGUAAAUACUGUGUUCUUUUUUUAGACCUGCAGGGCAGACAAAGUUUGACGACGUGGUAAAAAGUCACUGGCCUUGUGGGAAUAGUCCAAAAUAAGGCCAUAGUCAGGGCAUUUCAAGUAAUGCUCCAAAAGUGCCUCUCAGGGGCUGGCUUAUGAGGACAAAAGCCCUCAGCUCAGCACUUAGGGUGAGAGGAGAGGGAGACCACGCUGACACAUACAGCACCUGCCUCCCAGCCCCUCCUGCCCUAUCAUCUCAGGCUGGCAGGGACUGCUGCUAUGACACACCACCAGCUCCCAUACCAGCCUGUUUUACCACACAAUCGCUCCCAUCUCUCGCACUGUCACGUGUGUUACUAGUAUCUCCCGCUACGUUUUGUUUCUCACAUGGUUGGACCAUGUGGCCCUAUAUUUAGUGUAUCCUGGUUAUGUGAAUUGGUCUAACCAUAUGUAAGAUGGACUUAAUCCCUGUUUUGUCUGGAGAACAGGCACACAGACAGAGAGAGAGAGUGGCUUGAAGCGCUGUAGAGGUUUGGGACUGAAUGCUAAUUUCAUGUUUUGCUGUAAUCCUCUGAUAUUGACACUCCUGGGAGCUGCACUAAAUACAAAAUAAUCUAUUGCUGUAUGGGUCCCAUUCCAAAUGCAUGGCCAACUUAAUUUGGAAUUUUCCUCACUCUCUUCCCCCCCCCCCGAAGACAACUUCAAAGAAGCGCUAGCCUCUCUUGAUAUGUUACAUCAAUAUUGUAAUGUGGCAGGAAUAUGAGCUGGUCGGAUGAGAUAGGAGAGCGAGAUGAUGACAUGCAUAGCGUACUCCUUCACCGUGGAGGUGAGGGGACAAAGUGCCGUUACGGCUCCCACUGCAGAGACCUAUUUAUUUGACAUAAUGUUAACUGGUAAGGAAUGCUAAAUGUGCACCAUGAUUUCUUUUUUAUAGGUUGACAUACAGUACUGUAGGAAAAUCACCGUCCUCUGAGAGCAGCAGGUAAUUAGGGCUUCUGGUGAAAUCAUCACAUGGCCAUCAUGGCAUUUGUUUAGAGACUACAUGGAUGAUAGAGCUUGGAUUCGUUACAGUUGUAGCUUACAUUAUGGACUGUUCUGGCUUCACUAUGAUGCAGUAUAUUUGUGAAUAAUUUAAGGAGUCUUUAUAUGGGUCUGUUUUUUUCCCCCGUCGCGUCUCAGGGGGCGUGUGGAGAAAUGCAGAAACUCCCUUCCCAAGGGUUUGUGCUUAAAGAUUUUUUGCCUAAUUAAAAGAAACGCCGCCCGGCUCUCCACCGGCACAGUGAGUCUGAGUCUACCAGGAGCUCUAAUUGAAACAGUUAACCCCAAAAUCAUCAUACAUCUAGCAGUGAAACAGAUGCUAUGAUCAGAACACGCAGCUCACCUUCAGACGUCCUUAGACGUUUCUCUGUCCGUUACGCUCAGCCUCUUGCAGUGAAGACAACAUAACCAAAUAUACCAACAAUGGAAUUAGGCUACGGAAGAGUGAAUAUAAUGGGAUUUACUUCAGCCAUAUAUUGUUACUGCUUCUUUAUCUCUGGUUGAUUGCACUGUGAAUUAUUCUCCCUCUGAGGAAAUGCUAAUUGACCCCAAGCUUUGAAAAUAUUCAAACAUAUUGUAUUGUUGCAGCAGUGGGGUAAAGUUGCAGUAUUUCAAAAUGAAAGCUAGGAGAGAAACACAGGACCGUGCUUUAGAUGGCAGUAGUACCGUGACUGGAGUAUGAAAUGGGCCUACUACAGUACACAUGUUCUAUGGAUGACUUUAGACACAGGUUGUUGCAACGGUACCUCUCCUCUUCUGUAGACUGACAAUUUCUCUGUAAAUAUCAGUUAUUCUCUCUGCUAAGGAAGUAAUUUUAAAGGUCCUGAUCUCACUUUCCCCUGACAAUUGAGAAUGAUCUUAUCAGGAGUAAUAUGAAAUAUUUUUUUAAAAUCACAACUUGUAAAGGCCUGGGGGUGAGAAUCUCAUUUGAACCACUGUAAGCAGUGUUGCUUGUGGCUUCAGGGAGGAACAACAUUGAAAAAUUAAUUAAAUGGGGCCGAAUGCAGAGAUAAAUAAUGCAGCCAGGGAGUGGAGUUGUGUGUGGAGCUGCAGCCUCAGAGCCAGCAGGUCUAUUCUCUCCUUGAUUAGCUGGGCUCAGACCUGAACAGAAACCCAACACGCUGCUCCCCUGCCUGGAACAGCAGCCCAGCUACACUAGCUUCAGGAGGGGCUCACCAUUUCAACAGCCCCCGUCUCUAACUAAAGAGCACCAGAGAAAAGGGAAGCCUUACCACAAAACACAGCUCCCUCCAAUUACAAACAACCCAAUCCAUUGCUAACAUCCCUGUGGUAUCAGGCCAGGCAAGGCAUUGUCUGUUCUGUUCUUUACUGCGGUGCUCAAUGGUCCUUUCUCUCUCCACAGGGCUCCUACUGGGCCAUCGACACCAACCCAAAGGAAGACGCCUUGCCCACACGGCCGAAGAAGAGGCCGCGGUCCGGAGAGAGAGUAAGUCCUCUAGUCAACACACCCUGAUUCUUUGUCUUCAUACAGAUGUACAGUGGGGAGAGCAAGUAUUUGAUACACUGCCGAUUUUUGCAGGUUUUCCUACUUACAAAGCAUGUAGAGGUCUGUAAUUUUUAGCAUAGGUACACUUCACAUGUGAGAGACGGAAUCUAAAACAAAAAUCCAGAAAAUCACAUUGUAUGAUUUUUAAGUAAUUCAUUUGCAUUUUAUUGCAUGACAUAAGUAUUUGAUCACCUACCAACCAGUAAGAGUUCCGGCUCUCACAGACCUGUUAGUUUUUCUUUAAGAAGCCCUCCUGUUCUCCACUCAUUACAUGUAUUAACUGCACCUGUUUGAACUCAUUACCUGUAUAAAAGACACCUGUCCACACACUCAAUCAAACAGACUCCAACCUCUCCACAAUGGCCAAGACCAGAGAGCUGUGUAAGGACAUCAGGGGAAAAAUUGUAGACCGGCACAAGGCUGGGAUGGGCUACAGGACAAUAGGCAAGCAGCUUGGUGAGAAGGCAACAACUGUUGGCGCAAUUAUUAGAAAAUGGAAGAAGUUCAAGAUGACGGUCAAUCACCCUCGGUCUGGGGCUCCAUGCAAGAUCUCACCUCGUGGGGCAUCAAUGAUCAUGAGGAAGGUGAGGGAUCAGCCCAGAACUACACAGCAGGACCUGGUCAAUGACCUGAAGAGAGCUGGGACCACAGUCUCAAAGAAAACCAUUAGUAACACACUACGCCGUCAUGGAUUAAAAUCCUGCAGCGCACGCAAGGUCCCCCUGCUCAAGCCAGCGCAUGUCCAGGCCCGUCUGAAGUUUGCCAAUGACCAUCUGGAUGAUCCAGAGGAGGAAUGGGAGAAGGUCAUGUGGUCUGAUGAGACAAAAAUAUAGCUUUUUGGUCUAAACUCCACUCGCUGUGUUUGGAGGAAGAAGAAGGAUGAGUACAACCCCAAGAACACCAUCCCAACCGUGAAGCAUGGAGGUGGAAAUAUCAUUCUUUGGGGAUGCUUUUCUGCAAAGGGGACAGGACGACUGCACCGUAUUGAGGGGAGGAUGGAUGGGGCCAUGUAUCGCGAGAUCUUGGCCAACAACCUCCUUCCCUCAGUAAGAGCAUUGAAGAUGGGUCGUGGCUGGGUCUUCCAGCAUGACAACGACCCGAAACACACAGCCAGGGCAACUAAGGAGUGGCUCCGUAAGAAGCAUCUCAAGGUCCUGGAGUGGCCUAGCCAGUCUUCAGACCUGAUCCCAAUAGAAAUUCUUUGGAGGGAGCUGAAAGUCCCGAAACCUGAAGGCUCUGGAGAAGGUCUGUAUGGAGGAGUGGGCCAAAAUCCCUGCUGCAGUGUUUGCAAACCUGGUCAAGGAAACGUAUGAUCUCUGUAAUUGCAAACAAAGGUUUCUGUACCAAAUAUUAAGUUCUGCUUUUCUGAUGUAUAUGUCAUGCAAUAAAAUGCAAAUUAAUUACUUAAAAAUCAUACAAUGUGAUUUUCUGGAUUUUUGUUUUAGAUUCCAUCUCGCACAGUUGAAGUGUACCUAUGAUACAAAUUACAGACCUCUACAUGCUUUGUAAGUAGGAAAACCUGCAAAAUCGGCAGUGUAUCAAAUACUUGUUCUCCCCGCUGUAGAUACCCUCGCUUAACACAUGCCAUUUGCCCGAAAUUAUGAUUGGCCUCGUGUGGAAAAUGGGGAAACCAUAUUAUAAGCAAUUUUGACAUACAGCGCAUUGUUUUUUUUUUUUUUGUCAUUUUCAAUCUCUACCUCCCUCUGAUCGUCUCUUUGUCACAUCCUCUUUCUCUGCGUCUCUCUCCUGUAUACUCGCGCGUGCACACACACCUAGUAAUUCAUCGCUUCCCUUUAUGUAACUCCCUCUCGAUGUGGCUCAGCCUUGUCAUGUAGCAGGGUCCUUAUUAAAACUAUGCCCCAGGCUGCCAUUAUUUACAUGCACUACAUGACCAAAAGUAUGUGGACACCUGCUCAUCGAACAUCUCAUUCCAAAAUCAUGGGCAUUAAUAUGGAGUUGGUCCUCCCCUUGCUGCUAUAAUGGCCUCCACUCUUCUGGGAAGGUUUUCCACUAGAUGUUGGAACUUUGCUGCGGGGACUUGCUUCCAUUCAGCCACGAGUAUUAAUGAAGUCGGGCACUGAUGUUGGGCGAUUAGGCCUGGCUCGCAGUCGGCGUUCCAAUUCAUUCCAAAGGUGUUCGAUGGGGUUGAGGUCAGGGCUCUGCAGGCCCAAUGGGCGGCAGGUAGCUUAGUGGGUAAGAGCAUUGUGCCAGUAACCGAAAGGUCGCUGGUUCUAAUCCCCGAGGCGACUAGGUGAAAAACCUGUCGAUGUGCCCUUGAGCAAGGCACUUAACCCUAAUUGCUCCUGUAAGUCGCUCUGGAUAAGAGCGUCUGCUAAAUGACCAAUUUAUUUAUUUAUUUAAGUUCUUCCACACCGAUCUCGACAAACCAUUUCUGUAUGGACCUCGCUUUGUGCAUGGGGGCAUUGUCAUGCUGAAACAGGAAAGGGCCUUCCCCAAACUGUUGCCACAAAGUUGGAAGCACAGAAUCGUCUAGAAUGUCAUUGUAUGCUGUAGCGUUAAGAUUUCCCUGCACUGGAACUAAGGGGCCUAGCCCGAACCAUGAAAAACCGCCCCUGACCAUUAUUCCUCCUCCACCAAACUGUACAGUUGGCAAUACGCAUUGGGACAGGUAGCGUUCUCCUGGCGUAUGCCAAACCCAGAUUCAGUCGUCGGACUGCCAGAUGGUGAAGUGCGAUUCAUCACUCCAGAGAACGCGUUUCCACUGCUCCAGAGUCCAAUGGCGGCGAGCUUUACACCACUCCAGCCGACGCUUGGCAUCGCGCAUGGUGUUCUUAUGCUUGUGUUCGGCUGCUCGGCCAUGGAACCCAUUUAGUGUGCUGACGUUGUUUCCAGAGGCGUUUGGAACUCAAUAGUGAGUGUUGCAACCGAGGACAGAAAUUUACGCGCUACGAGUUUCAGCACUCACCAGUCCCGUUCUGUGAGCUUUUGUGGCCUACCAAUUUGCGGCUGAGCCGUUGUUGCUCCUAGACGUUUCCACUUUACAAUAACAGCACUUACAGAUGACCGGGGAAUCUCUAGCAGGGCAGAAAUUUUAUAAACAGACUUGUUGGAAAGGUGGCAUCCUAUGACGGUGCCACGUUGAAAGUCAGAGUUUUUCAGUAAGGCCAUUCUACUGCCAAUGUUUGUCUAUGGAGAUUGCAUGGCUGUGUGCUCUGUUUUAUACACCUGUCAGCAACAGGUGUGGCUGAAAUAGACACAUCUACUAAUUUGAAGGGGUGUCCACAUACUUUUGUGUGUAUAUAUAGUGUACAUUGUAUUCUGCAGUAAUGUUUCUGAACAAACAAAUAAUGGUUAUACUGAGCGGGAGCUUUUGUCUUUAAAUAUGCAUGAGUCGUGUCCAGUGUAAUGUACAGCUUCACUGGUUUGGUCAAGUGCCCAGAUUGACCUGGCUCCAUCCCUUUCUCCCAGGCCACUGCAGUCUGGCCUCCCCUGUGUAGCCCACCAUAGGCUACAAGACACACAGGGGAGCUUCUGUUGAAACACUGAGACAAAGAGAAAGGCAAACGCACCCACUCCGUUAACCACCCACGUGUGUGUCUAUCUGUGGUAGUAAGAUAGGGAGACGGAUCGAGCGACGCACAUCCCAUUCUAUGCAUGUGUGUGUGACACGCACUGUAUGUGUAAAUGAGCUUAAAUAUAGUCAUUGUGUAAUUCAAAAGCAUGACAAAUGCACAGUAUUCACACUAUUCACCCUCUCAAGUUUGUACAUGUAUGUUGUUAGUAUGACACGUGCACGCCACCCUCCCCUAGAGCUGUGGCUGUCUGCCUACAAGGCAUUCCAUUAAGUCCUCAGACAGUAGAAAUGGUGAAUCUCAUUUAUGUUUAUCAAGAAUUAAAAAUGGUAUUGUUGCCAGCCAAUCCUCUUACAGUAAGCAGUUUUGGGAGACAGGCGUGGUGGAGUCAUCUCCCGAGCCGUGUGGGGAGCAAUGGGGACUCUUUUCUCCAUCGCCUCUGGAAAUAUUUCAAAUGUGACCUAAAUAAAGGGGUUGCUCCUUUUUUGUUAUUUAUAAAUGGUCCUGAUGUAUUUUACGUACUGGAGAUCUGCAUCCCUCCCUCUUGCCUGGAAGGAAAACUAGCUUUCCAACAAACACGGCAACAUGAGUGUUAGGACCUUUACCUCCACAUGUGGCUUGAGGUCCUGUAUUAUUCUGAUAAUUAGUUAAGAACUAUUAUUUUUGUGGUCCUUUAUUUGAUAAUUAGUGAUUAUUUUUGGUCUCCCUCCCCCAGGCUUCCACACCGUACAGCCUGGAGUCGGAGUCUUUGGGAAUGGACUGUAUGAUCUCUGGAAGUGCCUCUCCAACGCUGGCAAUCAACACUGUGACUAACAAGGUACCUACCCAGCAUGCACCUGCACACACUGCACCACCCUGACCCUCCCUCCCUCCACCCACCCACCCACCCACCCACCCACAGCUUAUUCCCCACUGAGAGUAGCACUCAACUAGGAUAAACACACACACACACACACACACACACACACACACACACACACACACACACACACACACACACACAUAUAUUUACUGCUUCUUUCCAGUACAUCUCACACUAACACACAGCUGCACUGCAGCACAAGAAGCACUGUAUACAUAGGUACUGUAGUGGUGAGUAUGUGAGCGGUCAGAAAUCCCACUCAUUGCUCACGGAGCGGUCUUUGCACACCGUUCCAGCACUCAAUGUACUUCCCUCCGCUCUGCAAAAAAAUGCCGCUCCAUAAAUUUGGGGUUUAAAAUAUAAUUAUUUGGUUUUGAAGUAGGCUAUCAUAACAAGCUUCAACAUUUCAACAACAUGUUGUAGGGCAGACAAUUAAACAAGGACCUACCUGAUUGUCUUGCCAUCAAUUACACGGGCUGUGUAACCUAUUUCUUGGUCGACUCAUAUCAACAUCUCAGCGCGUUAGCGGUGGGGUAGGUUAAAUAAAUACAACAGGAUAGCCCUGAUUUUUAAAAGAACCGUGAUGAAGGAAAUAAAAAAUGCUGGGCAGAGCAUGCCUAGAGCUCGUGGCUGAGUGGGACCGGAGCAAAAUUGGAGUGAGGGAGAAGGCCGAGCCAACAUUAAAAAAAAAUACGCUCCAGCCAAAUUAGGCACGCUCCACUCCAGCUCCAUUCCGCUCACAUAUACACACACACAGCACCACAACAAGGGAUUACGCGUACUGUGAAAUACGAUAGCGAUACUCGGCCGUUCUGCAAUAUGAUAGACCCUACACACAGACUUUGCUCUGUGUGAUACUCUACACACUAGGGUUGAGGUCAAUUCAGAAAGUGCACUGAUAUUCCCAUUCUUUUCAAUGUGGAAAAUGUCGAAUUGGAAUUUGGUUUACUUGUUGAAUUGACUGGAAUUUAAAUGGAACUGACCCCAAUCCUGCUAACACACCUGGAAGCUAAAGGAAGUUGAUGCCCAGUCCUUCUCUUCUCUGUCCAUCAGUGUGGUUGGGGACAUUACCCUCUCUGCUGCAGGGCUUUGUGUGUGUGUGUGUGGAUGGCCCAUACUGUAUAAACCUCACUGCAGAGAGAUGGAGGGAGAAACCACAGAGACUGCAAGCUGUUGGCUCUGAGUGCGCUCUUCACUCUGAAAUUGAAAUAGGCUUUUUAACCUUAAGCCCUCUCCUCUGGGCCCAGUGGGGGCAGCUCUCUGGAGGACUUUUAAAAAGCCUACAAGAGUCGCUUAUUCAUUUACUGCAGCAGGCAUUAAAAAAAGACUGGGUUUAAUAUAAAUGGCCGGGAGGCGGGGUGCUCUGGGGUAGAGUAGUUGGGGUGGGAUGUGUUGGAGUGCAGUGUGUGUCUGGCCGUGUGUGUGGCCGUGUGUGUGUGUGUGUGUGUGUGUGUGACCGUGUGUAAAUUCAGUGGGCAGUUAGGGGAGUGUUGUUUUGUGUGAGUGUCUGCCUGUUGUCAGAGGCCUGUCUUUGGGGUGUGGGAGGUGCGCUGUAUACACACACAUACAACACACGCUUCUGUCUUUCCUCCUCCCACCUCAACAAAUAAGCACUUGGCAUUGAUUUGCCGGGGAGGUUUCAAACCUCAGUUGGGCAUUUAACACGGACGUCCUCCAUAGAAGAACAACAGUUUGAUUUCACACCAUAAGAAUCAUGCGCUGGAAAACAAAACAAAAACACAACUUCUGAACAUGCCCGCUCCAGGCAAGAUUACAGCAGGGCUGUGUGUGUGUGUGAGAGGAUGUUAUUAUGUGUCUUUUUGUUCUCCUGAUUAUAACUGUUGCUAUAGUAAAGGUAAGAUCGCAGCAGCAGAUCUGAGCCCUACUCCUGAGAGAGCUGGUUUCUCAUUGUAAUACACUGUAAAUGCACAACUGGCCACGCCUCUUUCAGUGCACUGUGCCAAACCACAGGAAUUCCCUCUCCCUCUCUAUCCCCCUCUCUAUUUUCUCUCUCAAAUUCCCGCCUUCUCUGAGAGGUCAAUGGGAGGUUGUGUCAGGACUACAGAAACCAGUGAGAAUCCCGCCACUGUCCUUCAGACAUUCCUCUUUCUCUCUCCCUCAUUCCCUCUUAAACAAACACACAUUAUUUCUCUAUUCUGAGGUAGACGGAAGUCUGGCACUAGUGUGCUAAAGGAAGGGGAUUGUAGAGAGAAGUGUGUUUACUGAGGAGAAGUCUGGCCUUGUGCUUUGCUUCUCUCUCUCUCUCUCGCUCUCUCUCUCUCUCUCUCCCUCUUAAAUCCCCUGAAGAGGGAUUCUGCAGAACACUGGCUGGUAUUGUUAGACACCUGGGUGAAUCUCGCUUUGAUUUCAUAAUCCAUGUCUCAUGCUCCAGAUUAGACUCAUGUAAAAGACACCCCUGUUUUUUUUACUUAAUUCACUGCUAAGAAUAUCACACACACUGACUCCCUACCACCAGACACACAUCAGGAUUUCUUGUAGAGGGAGCUGCUGCCUGUGUGAGCACACUUGUCUUUGUUAGGACUGCAUGACUUUUUGUGCUUGUUUGUCUGUAUUUCUGUGUGUGCUGUGAGCAGUGUGUGUGCUGUGAGCAGUGUGUGUGUGCUGUGAGAGUCAUGAUGACACUGGGUGUUCGUCUGUGACUGUGGUGUGCAUGCUCGAGUGGGCGUCUUGACUCGGACUCUGGGGUCUGUGGAAACCACAGAGGAGUGAGCUUUGGAAGUCAUCACACUUUAUGGAUGAGGAGAGGAUAAAUUGAUUAAUGGCGAGCAGCUUAAGGCUAAAAUCCUCUUUCACGACUUCAUUACACAUAACAUUUCUAUUUCUGCAGCACACUGAGUUUGAUUUGCAUUGUAGUGCUGAUUCUCAGACGUGCCUAAGCCCUCAGUCUUAGCCGUUCAUUGAGUUCCCCGUUCACGCUAAUGAACACUGGAGCCCAGCCCACACUGAGUGGUGGAAGGCUAGAGUCGACUAAUGAGCUUCUCUAACGUCCCCUUCCCCCACCACACUUACAAUACAAUGUAAUGCAAUGCAACACAAUGCAAUGCAAUAAUACUGGAUCCAAUGCUCUCUCUUCUGACUGUUGUCAUUAAAGCACAACAUUUCUGUGUCAUUCUCUGGCUGAGAAAGUGAGAGCUUAGAAUGACAGACUAUACUGAGUGAGAGUAGGAGCCAGAUCUGGGUUCAAAUGAUAUUUGUUUUCUUUCAUAAUAUAGAAUAUAAUAAAUACUUUCAACGUUUGGUUUGAUUAAGCUUUCCCUGGUUUGAGAUUUGCUGGGUUUUCACUUUUGUGACUUCCAUUGUGCCAGGCAAGCACAAUCAUGCACAAGUACUGGAGGGCGGUCAGGCCUGGACUUCCCUCUGGCCUCAGAAAGCAAAGCAGCCUUCAUGUCCUGCUGUUGUGUGUUAGACCGAGAGGGAGAGGGCGCAGGCAGGGCCACAGCCACUCGGCCCAAAGGCUGCAUGUCUCAUUGUGCAGAGCACAGAGCCCAGCCUUGUUCCACUCAGCCUGAUGAGCAGGGAGCCCCGGCCGGCCACUGGGCAAGACUGGGACGCAUCACCAGCACAAUCCAGGCUGAGGCUGCCAAGACCUGCAUGGUCUGUCACACCAGUUUUUCCCUAAGGAUUUUUUUCAGCUGUGGUUUUAGAGGCCUUCUUGGAUGCAGAGACAAAAGGUUAAUGUUUUUUAAAGCACAUUUUCUGAAAUUCUACAAAUUUUGCUAUAGCUUAUGCCUUGUUCUUAUGCUAUCUGAGUGACUCAAACAUUAUAACAAAAUCAAUGGUGGCUCCAUGCCAUGACAUUUUUGGAAUUUCUGAUUCUCCCGGACUGUCUAGUUUUUAUUUUGGUGAUUGUUAGUUCUCAAAGAAUAUCUUAUUUAAAAAAAAAUACACAUAGGUCCAUUAUCUUUUCUAUGUACUUUGUAUCUGUUUUAGUCAUUUAAGUUUACACUGAAAACAUUUUACCAUCCCAUGUUUUGUAUUUGUAUAAUAAAAUAAAAAACUAAUGCAGUGGCGGCCACGAUUCUGCCUCUGCUAAAUGCAUAUAAGGGUAACCCUGCACACACACCAGCCAGCCGCCUCACGCAUAGCUGCCAUUCCACACAAUGGAAAAAAACUGAAUGCAGCGGCUAUUCUCUCCGGAUCUCAUUAUAUUCAUUACCAGAUUGUUUCUACCGCCAAUGCUAAUUAUUUGCGGUCUGUUGUGUUACGCCACAAUGCACUUUUUUCCCCUUAGCAAAACCUUUUCAGAUGAUAAUAAUGAAGAUGGUUGUUUUGAAGUGCUCUGGCUGCUUGCGUUGCUGUAUUGAAAGGUCAGGGUCUCGGUUACAUUGAAGACCUUUGUUGGCCGUCCCAAACCGAUUUGCGCACUGUGAGCAGAUGGGUCUGACACGGCCAGUAGUGUGACCUUUAGUAAAGAAGGGGACGUCCACCCUUACCUAUCCAGAAAGAAGAGCCUUUACCUGGACACUUAUUCAGAAGAGACCCCUGGGGCUCUGCUGGUUGUGUAGCCUCAGUAAAGGUGUUCCAGGCCAGCCACAAUCUCAGUUCAGAGAAAGCACUCUGCAGUAAUGACAAGUGCUAACAUCCAGUACACAAAAGCUUUGCAUACACGCACAGGUAUCAAAUUCCUAGACACACGCACACACACAAAUCAAAUUCAGUUUGUUACGGAACCAAACUGAUUUGCAUGCAUUUUUACCAUCAGAAUGAUAAUGAUUUUAGAUGGCAUGCAGUCAUUACUGGAAACCCUGUUGGUGUAUCUCCAGGAUGUGCGGUAUGCAAGAAAAGCUAAUGCAAUGCCUUUCAUCAUAUUUCAGGUGGCAUUAUACAACCCAGAUCAGGAUGGGAGUGACAGCCCAAGAAGCAGCCUUAACAACAGCCUGUCUGACCAGAGUCUGGCCUCAGUCAAUCUAAACAGCGUGCACAGUUACACACCGGUAAGACCUUAACUGCAGCCUCUAACCACAGUGCUACAGCUCUACACACUGCUAAGACCAAGCACCACAAACAACUACAGGAUCACAGCUAGACACAAUUUAGACCUUGUACAGUGCAUUUGUAAAGUAUUCAGACCCCUUUUUCCACAAUUUGUUACGUUACAGCCUUAUUCUAAAAUUGAUUGAAUUAUUUGUUUUCCUCAUCAAUCUAUAUACCCCAUAAUGACAAAGUGAAAACAGGUUGUAAUUUUAUUUUGCAAAUGCAUUAAAAAUAAAAAAACAUACCUUAUUUACAUAAGUAUUCAGACCCUUUGCUAUGAGACUCGAAAUUGAGCUCAGGUACAUCCUGUUUCCAUUAAUCAUCCUUGAGAUGUUUGUACAAAUUGAUUGGAAUCCACCUGUGGUAAAUUCAAUUCAUUGGACAUGAUUUGGUAAGGUACACACCUGUCUAUAUAAGGUCCCACAGUUGACAGUGCAUGUCAGAGCAAAAACCAAGCUAUGAGGUUGAAGGAAUUGUCUGUAGAGCUUUGAGACAGGAUUGUGUCAAGGCACAGAUCUGGGGAAGGGUAGCAAAACAUGUCUGCAGCAUUGAAGGUCCCCAAGAACACAGUGGCCUCUAUUCUUAAAUUCUUAAAAAUAAGUUUAUAACCACCAAGAUUCUUCCUAGAGCUGGCCGCCUCGCCAAACUGAGCAAUCGGGGGAGAAGGGCCUUGGUCAGGGAGGUGACCAAGAACCCGAUGGGCACUCUGACAGAGCUCCAGAGUAUCUCUGUGGAGAUGGGAGAACCUUCCAGAAGGACAACCAUCUCUGCAGCACUCUACAAAUCAGGCCUUUAUAGUAGAGUGGCCAGAUGGAAGCCACUCCUCAUAAAAGGCACAUGACUGCCCGCUUGGAGUUUGUCAAAAGGCACCUAAAGGACUCUGACCAUGAGAAACAUGGCCUGAAUGCCAAGUGUCAUGUCUGGAGGAAACCUUGCACCAUCCCUACGGUGAAGCAUGGUGGUGGCAGCAUCAUGCUUUGGGGACGUUUUUCAGCGGCAGUGACUGGGAGACUACUCAGGAUCAAGGGAAAGAUGAAUGGAGCAAAGUACAGAGAUCCUUGAUGAAAACCUGCUCCAGAGCGCUCAGGACCUCAGACUGGGGCGAAGGUUCACCUUCCAACAGGACAACGACCCUAAGCACACAGCCAAGACAACGCAGGAGUGGCUUCGGGACAAGUCUCUGAAUGUCCUUGAGUGGCCCAGCCAGAGCCAAUGAAUACUGAAUACUUUCCGAAUGCGCUAUAUAUCAACCUCUAACCACAGUGCUAAGCACCAGCGAAGACCAAAGAAGCACCACAAAUCACUGCCACUGUAUCACAGCUAGACAUACAGUAAUUUAGACUAUGUAUGUCAAUCUGUAAUCACACUGACAGCUAUAUACCUCUAAGACCGAGAUCCUAAAACAGCUACUGUCUGCAACACAGCUAGACAUACAGUAAUUUAGACCGUGCAUGCCGACCCCUAACCGCAGUAUCACAGUUACAUAGCGGUUAGUUAGCUGAAACCCUGGAACUUUAACACAGUGAAGCAGCUCCACUCUGAAGGCAGUGCCCCCGACCGGGGGGGGUUGAGAGAGAGAGAGAGAGAUCUGUACACGCUCUUGGAGAGCAGAUGGAGAGCUUGCUGCCUGUGAUGUCCUCCCACCAGAGAUGCCCCCUUCUUUGGUGUGGUCCUCCCGCUUUCCAGGGCGCUCUCUGCUCCAGGCUCUCUGCAUCGAUCCGUUCAGACUGAUGGAUGUUCCUCCAGUGCUGCUGAGACCAGUCUCUUCUUAUUACUGCCUCACUUCAGCCAGCCAGACUCUGACUGGAUUCUAUAGCAAGGCAAUCUAUACUGUAGCCCCAGAGUAUGGCUUCAAAGCCUUUAAGUGAAAAUAAGGAAUCUUCCUAGCGACAGAGUAGUGAUGGCUCCAUUAUUAGUGUCCUUCACAUGUUAAACCUGGGAUGGCUUGAACGCUACCUCUGUGAUGCGGAGGUAAAAAAUUUGGACUUUAACUUCCAGACUACUUUUAAGUCUCCUCAGUUAUAGGAUAGUGAUGACUCCAUAUUAGUGUUCUUCUCAUGAUGAUAAACUUUAGACAGUCUUGCUAGAGCACAACAUUGCCUGCAUUCUCAUACACCAGCUGAUAAAAAUCGACCCCCACGCGUAUACUGUACAUGGGUAAAAUGAAUGGUUAUUUGUACAAGGCUUUGGUAUUGAUUUUGUUUUAAAUACAUUUUGCAGGCCAUCUGAGUAUUGGCUUAGUGUUCAUGUUGGUUACUAGUUGAGAUGAGGCUGCAAGCAGCGAUCAAGACUGUCAAAGGCAAGUAAGUAGCUGAUAGAUUGAAGAAUGACCACUGUACACGCUGACAUUUAGCUGCUUAUACAUGUUCAUUAUGUUUUCUUAGAGGUUCGAUUAGCUUAGUAGACAGGACUAAGAUAUAGGCAUAGAUCUGUUACACGCAAAACGUGUUUAUUUAUUUAGUGCAAUGUUUCAGUUUCGCUCUUGUUCUCCAGUAGAUCUAUGUGCAGAUAUCCACCGAUAUCUCUGAGAAGUGUUUCCCCAGUCGAGAGUCAGUUUGAUGGCGUAAUCAGCACUCUUCAACCGUUAAAGUGAAAGUUGUAUUCUGUUUGACUGUAAUAGGUUUGUAUUGUGGAUAGUAUGUUAGACUGAGGUGUGACCGCUAGCUUGUACUGAAUGACUGAAUAAUAGUGUUAGGUACUAAGAAGAGUAGAUUUGAUUUAAUUCACUGCUCCAAAAUCUCUCUCCUCUCUUUCUCGUCCUCUCCUGCUCUCUCUCUUCCUCCCCAGGUGACUAACCAUCCAGAGCCAGUGUCUCAGUCCAUGAGCCUCCAGCAGCCCCUCCAGCAGCCCCCCCAGCCCCAGUACAGUAUGCCAGAAAGGGACAAGCAACUCCUAUUCUCCGACUUUGAAGAUCUCAGUGCCUCCUUCCGCAGCCUUUACAAGUCUGUCUUUGAGCAGUCCUUCAGCCAACAGGGUGAGUGCUCGUCAAGUGGGGUGACACAUAUCGGGUGCUGUAGUAGACAAGUUUGCGCACGAGGCCAGGGUUAUUCUAUGGCCAUUGUUUUGCACUAAACUGUUGGUCAAAGGAGAGUAGAAUUGGUACUAAUUAAGUUAAGUGAGUUGGAUGAAUAGUGAUUCAAUAGGCAGUAGUCGUAGUGCAAAUCCAUAUGGCUGUUUUCAUGGUCUACUGUGUGCUAAAGCCACAUGCUAAAUCCUCUGGCCUCAUUCCCAAUCUAAGCACAAAAGAGUCAGAGUUCAAAGCAGAAUAAUGCAGUCGGUUAAUGUGUGUGUGUGUGUGUGUGUGUGUGUGUGUGUAUGGAAUCAUGUAGUUACCAAAAAAAGUGUUAAACAAAUCAAGAUAUAUUUUAUAUUUGAGAUUCUUCAAAUAGCCACCCUUUGCCUUUAUGACAGUCUCCAAACUUUUGACUGGUAGUAUAUAGAUAGAUAGAUAGAUAGAUAGAUAGAUAGAUAGAUAGAUAGAGUUGAAGUCGUAAGUUUACAUACACUUAGGUUGGAGUCAUUAAAACUUGUUUUUCAACCAUUGCACAAAUUUCUUGUUAACAAACUAUCGUUUUGGCAAGUCGGUUAGGACAUCUACUUUGUGCAUGACACAAGUAAUUUUUCCAACAAUUGUUUACAGACAGAUUAUUUCACUUAUAAUUCACUGUAUCACAAUUCCAGUGGGUCAGAAGUUUACAUACACUAAGUUGACUGUGCCUUUAAACAGCUUGGAAAAUUCCAGAAAAUGAUGUCAUGUUUUUAGAAGCUUCUGGCUAAUUGACAUCAUUUGAGUCAAUUGGAGGUUUACCUGUGGAUGUAUUUCAAGGCCUACCUUCAAACUUUGCUUGACAUCAUUGGAAAAUCAAAAUACUUCAGAAAAGAAAUGGUAGACCUCCACAAGUAUGGUUCAUCCUUGGGAGCAAUUUCCAAACGCCUGAAGGUACCACGUUCAUCUGUACAAACAAUAGUACGCAAGUAUAAACACCAUGGGACCACACAGCCGUCAUACCGCUCAGGAAUGAGACGCUUCUGUCUCCUAGAAAUGAAUGUACUUUGGUGCGAAAAGUGCAAAUCAAUCCCAGAACAACAGCAAAGGACCUUGUGAAGAUGCUGGAGGAAACAGGUACAAAAGUAUCUAUAUCCACAGUAAAAUGAGUCCUAUAUCGACAUAACCUGAAAGGCCGCUCAGCAAGGAAGAAGCCACUGCUCCAAAACCGCCAUAAAAAAGCCAGACUACGGUUUGCAACUGCACAAAGAUUGUACUUUUUGGAGAAAUGUCCUCUGGUCUGAUGAAACAAAAAUAGAACUGUUUGGCCAUAAUGACCAUCGUUAUGUUUGGAGAAAAAAGGGGGGUGGCUUGCAAGACGAAGAACACCAUCCCAACCGUGAAGCACGGGGUGGCAGCAUCAUGCUGUGGGGGUGUUUUGCUGCAGGAGGGACUGGUGCACUUCAAAAAAUAGAUGGCAUCAUGAGGAAGGAAAAUUGUGGAUAUAUUGAAGCAACAUCUCAAGACAUCAGUCAGGAAGUUAAAGCUUGGUCGCAAAUAGGUCUUCCAAAUGAACAAUGACCCCAAGCAUACUUCCAAAGUUGUGGCAAAAUGGCUUAAGGACAACAAAGUCAAGGUAUUGGAGUGGCCAUCACAAAGCCCUGACCUCAAUCCUAUAGAAAAUGUGUGGGCAGAACUGAAAAAGCGUGUGCGAGCAAGGAGGCCUACAAACCUGACUCAGUUACACCAGCUCUGUCAGGAGGAAUGGGCCAUAAUUCACCCAACUUAUUGUGGGAAGCUUGUGGAAGGCUACCUGAAACGUUUGACCCAAGUUAAACAAUUUUUAAAGGCAAUGCUACCAAAUACUAAUUGAGUGUAUGUAAACUUCUGACCCACUGGGAAUGUGAUGAAAGAAAUAAAAGCUGAAAUAAAUAAUUCUCUCUACUAUUAUUCUGACAUUUCAAAUUCUUAAAAUGAAGUGGUGAUCCUAACUGACCUAAAACAGGGAAUUUUUACUAGGAUUAAAUGUCAGGAAUUGUGAAAAACUGAGUUUAAAUGUAUUUGGCAAGGUGUACGUAAACUUCCAACUGUAGAUAGAUAGAUAGAUAUCUAUCCAUCUAUCUAUCUAUCUAUCUAUCUAUAUACUACCAGUCAAACGUUUGGAGACUGUCAUAAAGGCAAAGGGUGGCUAUUUGAAGAAUCUCAAAUAUAAAAUAUAUUUUGAUUUGUUUAACACUUUUUUGGUUACUACAGGAUUCCAUGUGUGUUAUUUCAUAGUUUUGAUGUCUUCACCAUUAUUCUACAAUGUAGAAAAUAGUAAAAAUAAAGAAAAACCCUUGAAUGAGUAGGUGUGUCCAAAAUGUUGACUGGUAAUGUGUGUGUGUGUGAGAGAGAAAAGUGUAAAUGCAGCCUGUAAUCUCGUAUAUUUUUACGAUGUUUUAUAUAUGUAUUCUUUAUUUCAGAUGAUUACAAGAUUGCAGCAUCAAACCUCUAUAUCUGUUGGCGCAUUUUCCAUAAUGAUGAUAUUCAUAAUAAUAUAAACCUAUCACAAAGGGCCAGAUCAAGUGUGGCUCUCAAAGCCUGGCAGCCCUUUAGAACUUAAUGCUUUUUGUUUGUAAUCUGAUUGACUGAUGAACAAAAAGCACUUGACAAGUGGUUUAUGGGCAAACGCAGACAAAGCUUUUCCUUGUAUAACCUACUUUCACAAAUCAAAUGCAUUUCAUGUUAAUGUUUUCAAAGUCUUCCUCUCCCUUAAUCUAUCAUCUAGGUUUCAUUAGUUUAAAGUUGUUACCUUUUUAUAUGCAUAAAAGUGAAAUCUCUUUGUCAGACAAGCCCUUGCAAUUAAAAAGUGUAAAUAAGCGAGCGAGACCAUUUCACACCCUGGUGCUGUAGACAGUGAGCUAAUUCACCAGCUUUGAUAAUAGGUAAUGAGCUCACAUUAUUAUUCUGGGGCUGCAGGCUAAUUGCUUUCUGUAUUUCCCUGGUUGGACAAUGGGCUUUCUGUACCGAUAAGAGAUGCACCUUUGGUCACCCCUGCAGUGAGUGUUCUGGGGCGAUUGCGGCGGCACAGGGCUGAAGUCGGCUCUAAAAGCACUCCAGUGAAAUAGGUUUACCGUGCCAAAGCCGUGAUGGACAGGGCCUCUUAAGAACCGCUCCCCUACACUCAGAUGAUUGCUGUUGGAUGUGCAGAUGUUCCAGUCGUGCUUGUUUUUCGAAAUAGUGCAGCAACACAAUGAAAAUUGUCGAAAAUAAUUGCAGUGUUGGGAAGAAGAAAGGCUCGGGCUCUCUGUGGCCUUCAGAAGCUCUGCUGCUGCUGACCCGUUCUUUUAGCUGCUCGUUCAAAAUGGCAGCUGUGUCGUCUGAAGUGUAGUGCUCCUUGAACAAGGGAAACCCAGAUCUACUGAUUAUAUGAUGUUGUCAUCAUUAACUUGAAUGGGUGCUUUUACAGCUGAAACCUACAAGCCUGCUUGGUGUUAAUGACUUAUCUGCAAUAUUUAAGUGGUUUGCUGUAGUUUGUAACAUUGUAUGUUUAUAUCAAAUAAUGACUAUUCUCCUAAGCACAGAGUAAUAAGGAUGACUGUGUGUGUGUGUAUAUGGACUUCCAGGUUUGAUGGGCAUGCCGACGGAGUCGUCCCAGCAGACCCAUACCGCCUGCUCCUAUCAGCACUCCCCCAGUGGCACCAUCAGCACCCAGAACAGCCUGACAAACAACCACUCCAGCAGCGGUGGCCAGGUGCCCCUGUCCCACCCUCCCCAGCUCCCGGGCCACGGCUCGCCCCACACACAGCACCUCUCCCAGCACGGCCAACACGCCCAACACACCCAGCACCAACACCCACACUCUCAGCAUGGGCAGCACCCCUCACACGCCCAGCACCCGCAGCAGCACACCCCGCACCCCUCCCAACAUGCCCAGCAGCACGGCCAGCAUCCCUCCCAGCAGCAGCAUCAGAGCCUGGCUCACCAGCCCCAUCCUGCCCAGCAACAGAUGGCCUGCAACACAGGUAAGACCUGCCUCUUUCCUCCGCAACACACUCACACACACACUCACACACACACACACACAUACACACACACACAUACACACACACACACACACAUAUUCACAUGCAUUCAGAGAUAACCCAGUGAGACACAGCUGGACUGAGCUGCCUCAGUAUCUUUUUGUUCUGCAUUAAGUACAGAGACCUGCUUUUGGUCAACAGACCGUAAAUCAUCAUCUGAUUUAUGCGGUUUGCUGUAAUGAGAACAAAGCAAAUGCUGCAUCCAUACAGCAGAUAGGACCUCUGGAGCCCCACAACCUUUUUAGAGGGAACCGGCUCCUCCCGGUGGCCAAAGUAGAGUACUCUUGCAAAUAAAUGAAAUGCUGAUUGCUCUCCAGCCUCUAAAACCCAGUCUGUACUCCCCUCUGUGUUUGCAGGUCUGCCCUCUGACUGGUACCCCAAUCUGGACGCACUGAAAGAGAGCUGCCGUAUUGCCAGCAGUUAUAACUGGGCUGAUGUCGACCUCUCACCUUUUCAAGGUGUGGCCAUGAAGGAUUAUGUGAAUUCCAUUGCAUUGACACAUCCAACUUAAGCCUUAAGAGAUAAGCGAACAAAUUAUACAGUUGGCUUAUUUUUGCAAUGUGUUAGGCCUUUUAAUAUUCUUCUUAUUGUCAACCUGUUAUUUUUUUACCAAUAUUUUUAAAAGCUGUUCAUUGUGAUUACAAGAGUCAUUUUAUCCAAAUGAUUGAAUGCCUUAAUGCCCGUGAUGAGCACCAACAGGCACGUUUAUUGGAGCUCUGUCAUUGGUGUGCUGAAGUGUUGCCAAUCAAGGGUUUAAUUUGAAGGAGCUCUUCAAAUAAAGAACGCUGCUUUCAAGUUUAAUGACCAAAUGCAGUGUAGCUCAGCAGGUCAGAGUUGAUCCAAUUACAAAUCAAAUUUUAUUUUAUUUGUCACAUGCGCCGAAUACAAGUGUAGACUUUACUCUGAAAUGCUUACUUACGAGCUCUUUCCCAACAAUGCAGUUAAAAAUUAAGAAAAUUAGCAAAUAGAUAAAGAAAAAAAGUAACACAAUAAAAUGACAAUAACGCGGCUAUAAACAGGCUAUAUACAAGGAGUACCCGUACCGAAUCAGUGUACUGGGGUAUGAGGUAGUUGGGGUGAUUUGAGGUAAUAUCUAAAUGUAGGUUUGGUUAGGUGAUUGAUUUAAGUAUGACAGGGAGCUCGGUGAUGCACUGGGCCGUACGCACUACCCUUUGUAGCGUCUUGUGGUCGGAUGCCGAGCCGUUGCCAUACCAGGCGGUGAUGCAGCCAGUCAAGAUGCUCUGAAUGGUGAAGCCGGAUAACUUUUUGAGGAUAUGCCUAAUCUUUUCAGCCUCCUGAGGGGGAAGAGGCGUUGUCGUACCCACUUCACGACUAUGUUGGUGUGUUUGGACCAUGAUGGGUCCUUAGUGAUGUGGACACCAUGGAACUUGAAGCUCUCGACCGUCUCCACUGCAGCCCCGUCGAUGUGAAUGGGGGCGUGCUUGGUCCUCCUUUUCCUGUAGUCCACGAUCAGCUCUUUUGUCUUGCUGAAGUUGAGGGAGAGGUUGUUGUCCUGGCACCACACUGCCAGGUCUCUGACCACCUCCCUGUAGGCUGUCUCAUCGUCGUUGUUAGUCAGGCCUCCCACCGUUGUCGUCAGCAAAUGUAAUGAUGGUGUUGGAGUCGUGUGCGGCCAUGCAGUCGUGGGUGAACAGGGAGUACAGGAUGAGGGUCAUCGUGGCGGAUGUGUUUUUGCUUACCCUCACCACCUGAGGGGCGGCCCGUCAAAGUCUAAAAUCCAAUUGCAGAGGGAGCUGUUUAAUCCCAAGGUCCUUAGCUUAGUGAUGAGCUUGGAGGGCACUAUUGUGUUGAACGCUGAGCUCUCGUCAAUGAACAUAAUUCUCACGUAGGUGUUCCUUUUGUCCAGGUGGGAAAUGGCAGUGUGGAGCGCAAUAGAGAUUGCAUCAUCUGUGGAUCUGUUGGGGCGGUAUGCGAAUUGGAGUGGGUCCAGGGUGUCUGGGAUGAUGGUGUUUAUGUGAGCCAUGACCAGCCUUUCAAAGUUUUUCAUGGCUACAGAUGUGAGUGCUACGGGUUACCUUGGCGUUCUUGGGGCACGGGGACUAUAGUUUACAAGUCCUGCCACAUCCGACGAGCGUCGGAGCCGGUGUAGUAGGAUUCGAUCUUAGUCCUGUAUUGACGCUUUGCCUGUUUGAUGGUUCGUCGGAGGGCAUAGCGGGUUUUCUUAUAAGCGUCCGGAUUUGUGUCCCGCUCCUUAAAAGCGGCAGCUCUAGCCUUUUAGCUCAGUGUGGAUGUUGCCUUUAAUCCAUGGCUUCUGGUUGGGGUAUGUUCGUACGGUCACUGUGGGGAUUACGUCAUCGAUGCACUUAUUAAUGAAGCCGGUGGCUGAUGUGAUAAACUCCUCAAUGCCAUCAGAUGAAUCCCGUAACAUAUUCCAAUCUGUGCUAGCGAAGUAUACAAUAGCAAAGUAGGUUUUAAUUAGAUAUCACCGCUAAAGGUUAGUUAUGUAAUAAAGGAUGUUUUUUACAUAGACAAACUUAUCUACACCCACUUUUGACAUUUAUGUGGCGUGGACAUUUUGACUGGUGAUUUUUAUAACUCAACUGUUGUCGAGACAUUUCACUGCAGUGACUAGCAGCUAGUACUACUGAAAUGGUUUGACUGGUGUGAUGCUGAGGUGGCUGUGUAUUGCUGUUUUCCUUGGCUGAUGAUGCAUUUGGGUCUGACCCCGUGCAGGACUGAAGGAGAGCAUGAGACAAGCAGAGCUGAACAACUGGUCCCUGGAGCCCACCCAGAUCGCUGAUCUCUGCUCGUCUAUCAACCAGUUCUUCACCCGCACCGGUGUCAUUCAGCCACAGGGGGCAGUGCAGCCACCGCCCGUACCCGUAUGCCAUGGCUCCAUGCACCCCAACAAGCCCAGCCAGCACAUCACCACAGGUCAGUGAGCCUCACCUCUAACCUACGUCCUAGCUCACACUAUUAUUGCAUUUAGCAUUUCAGACCACUCACAUUAUCAGGACAUUGAUGAUAUUUUCCUUUUAAUGUGAACUUACAUUGCAAUAAUGCUGGGGAUGAUGAGGAUUGUUUAAGCUAGCGCAUACAUUAUUUUGGGAUUGGGAUAUUUGAGUGAAGUUUGUCUUUCUCUCCACAGGAAAUCUCUACAUGGACUCCAGACAGAGCAUGUCUAUGAUGGGGCCCCCAGGGUACCCCCACAUGCCCCCCAUGAGCAGCGCAGGCCCCACCAUGACAGGUACAGUACAUCUGCAGCCCCCAUUCAACUAAACUAUGUCUCAGCCAAGGGCAUGGUCUAUACAGUACACUCAGAAUCCAUCAAACCUAUCCUUCCACAUUAAACAAGCACUACAACAACACCUUGACAGGGUCCUUUUCCCAUUCAACUACUCAUUUAACCAAUGAAGCUUCUACAGUGUAUGUGUAUUUGUGUGUGCCCUCACUCCCCUUCUCUCCUCUCUUAGGACACCAUGCGCAGAUGAACCAGCAGCACAUGAUCCCUCCCAGAAACUUCCAGAUGCACCGCAUGCCAGCAGAUGACAUCCAGGAUGACUUUGAUUGGGACUCCAUUGUCUAA